CAUCUUCAUCUGGAAAGCUGGGUGUGAAGAUACAGCCUAUAAGCAGGGUGGCAUCGAUUGGGACGGUCCUGCUGCUGCUAUAAAAGGGGGGGCAACUCUGCAGUGUGAGUUCCGCUCCUCUCAUUCUCAAACGCCAAAAUGAGCUACGGAUCUGAAGUCUAUUCCUCUUCCUCCUACCGGAAGAUUUUUGGAGAUUCUCCGCGUUUCUCCGCGUCUCCGUCCAAAAUGAGUGCCCCUCGAAGCGGGUACCGGUCCGUGUCCCUGUCCAGGACCACCGGCUCGAACCUGGGCUCGUACAAGCGCACCGGGCGCACCGGCUACUCUCCGGUGGGGAUGGACACGUUUGACUUCGCGCAGAGCACCGCGAUGAGCAACGAGCUCAAGAUCAUCCGCACGAACGAGAAGGAGCAGAUGCAGGGCUUGAACGACCGCUUCGCGACGUUCAUCGAGAAAGUGCGCCACGUGGAGCAGCAAAACAAGGCGCUGGAGACCGAGCUGGCGGCGAUGCGUCAGCGUCACGCGGAGCCCUCGCGCCUCGCCGACCUCUACCAGCAGGAGAUCCGCGAGCUGCGCGCGCAGCUGGAGCAGGUGUGCGCCGAGCGCGAGCGCGCCGCGCUGGAGCGCGACGCCGCCGAGGACGAGUUGCAGAAGGCGCACGAGCGGUGCGAGGAAGAGGCGCGCCGGCGCGACGAGGCCGAGCGCACGCUGCAGGCUUUCCGCAAAGACGUGGACGACGCGUCCCUGGCUCGCCUCGACCUGGAGAGGAAGGUCGAGUCCCUGCUGGACGAGAUCGGCUUCCUGCGCAAGGUGCACGACGAAGAGGUGGCCGAGCUCAACAGCGUCAUCCAGGCGUCCCAGGUGUCCGUGGAGCUCGAGGUGACCAAGCCCGACCUGACCUCGGCUCUCAAGGAGAUCCGCGCGCAGUAUGAGUCUCUCGCCUCUAAAAACCUGCAGUCCGCCGAGGAGUGGUACCGCUCCAAGUUCGCGGAUCUGAACGAGCAGGCGAGCCGCAGCAACGAGGCGAUCCGCGCGACUCGCGAAGAGGUCAACGAGUUCAGGCGCCAGCUGCAGUCCAAGACCAUCGAGAUCGAGAGCCUGCGCGGCACCAACGAGUCUCUGGAGAAGCAGAUCCACGAGAUGGAGGACCGCCACAACCUCGAGGUCAUCGGCCUUCAGGAUGCAGUUGGCGAGCUGGAAAAUGAGCUAAGGACCACUAAGAGUGAGAUGGCUCGUCACUUGAGGGAAUACCAGGACCUUUUGAAUGUCAAGAUGGCCCUGGAUAUUGAGAUUGCUGCUUACAGGAAACUUCUGGAAGGGGAGGAGACCCGUCUGAGCACUGGCAUCACCUACCCUCUUUCAGGCUCUCUCUCCAGCACUCAGGGUUACAACUACCAGAGCCGUAUCUACACUAGCUCUCCUAAAGCCACCAAAAAGGAGAAAGGAGAUGAUGAAAUCAAACCAAGUGCUGGGUCUGACAACUCUGUCCCCAAGAAGGGUGAAAAGCAAGAUUCUGGAGAUGCUGAUGUCACUUCGAAGAACUAAGUGUCAUCCUGGUCCUUAUUUUACUCUCCCACUAGUCUCGUUCACUAGGAAUGUCUCAGAGAGGAAUCCAGUGUAUCUGUUUAUCAGCUCUCUCUUUCUCUUUCCACUACAGCACUCUCAGAAACAGGGCGUCUGUCCCCUUAAGAUAGACUGCACACUCUUUAGGUACAGUUCACUCUUUUCUCUGCUACUCUUACAUGUUAGCUGAUCAGGUCUGCGUUCUUCUGCAUAGGUGUUGUCUUAAAACAAAAACCCGAAGUGCACUAACAAAGGCUAUGCGCAUUACAUUCCAGAAAGCUUUUGUGCAUAUGUGUGGACAUGCAUGGUGCAGUCAGGACUAAAUCGUUAUCUGUUCACAAAUAUUCACAAAUAUUCAUUAUACAAAAUAACUUUUUUCACUGGUUCCUACUACUAUCCAAAAUUUUGAAAAAUUAUUAUUUAUAUUUUCCUGUAUGCCAGGGGUACUCAACUCACUUAAAAGCUAUGGAUAAGCUAUUAAAAUAAUUAUUUGUUAACAACCGGUUACCUUUUAAUGCUUAUCCAUUUCUGAUCUGUCCAUGACGAUAAAUAAAACACAGAUUCAAAGUGGUUAUGUUUUGUUUGACAUUGGUGCUUCCCGUUACCACUUUGACUAGAGGCACAGAAUAUAAUCAGAUAAGACACAUCUGUUUUGAAUAUACAGUAUGUCUUUUCUGUUCAGUCAGCUUCAAAGUGAUAAAUGUCUGUAAAAAGUCUUCCCUUUUUCAAUGAGCUGCCUUUGGCAAAACAAUUGACACUACAGUUUUGAUAUUGGUCCACCAGUUGACGACCCCUGCUGUACAUCAUGGCAAUACUUUUCACUGCAGACUCUUUCUGUAGUCUCAGAUGUUUUGUUACAUUCGAAAACAUAAAUCUUACUACCCUCACUAUCAUUAGCUGUAUUCGACUCUUUACACACGAGUGCGUGGAAACAUUGCAUCCAUUCCAGAUCACUUUCUACAAACAUAUUGCCAAAGCACGAAAUUCCUCUCAAAGACAAAUUAUGGUGCCAAUCUGACUCUCCUAUGCUUGAAAAUGAGUUGGGUGCAAGCAGUAUCUAAUAUUAAUGCAUGAUGUUUGCUUGGCAAGUGUAUGUGGGCCAUCCAGCAAUCAUUUAUCACCAUGCAGUCCCCGUACCCCAUCUAACCCCCCACCCCCCCUCCACCACCCGUCAUUAAUCUUGCUUUGUCCAUCAUGCAUUGAGUCACGGUAGACUGUAUCAGCUAAUUAGUGCAAAAUGCUGCUUGGUAUGUGAGACAGUAACAAAUAUUACUUAGGAUUUUUUCAGAAAAUGAAUGUAUUGAAAUAUUAAACACACAGUCAAUUGUAAAGCAUUAACCAGUCACUCCUGGUUAUGAUAAGCUUGAAUUCUGAUAAUGCUCAGUCAUGUGUGGGCAGAUGGCAAGGGGACAAAAUUGGCUGUGCUCUCUGGGUGGGAUGGAUGAUGUGUCUCAGUGAAAGUACGUGUUAGUCUUUAUGCUCCCUGGUUGGGGUAGCUGUCUAAUUAUGGUGAAAGCUGGUGGGUGGGAAUUGGCAGGUGACCAAAUUGGAGUGAAAAAUGGAUGAUAAUAAAUGUUGAAACAGCCAUUGUGAAUGUAAAUGUGAAAUGCUUUUCAGUUUGAGCACAAACUUUAAAAAAAAAUAGCACAAAUGUAGCACUGGCUAAUGAACCGAAAGGCGUAUUUUAAAUUACACAGAUACACAAAUGAAACAUCAACCCUAACUGAGCCAUGACGAAAGAGCACAUGCAGCCGUUAUAAAAAACCUCAUUUUCUAUUACAUAAGGAAUAUAAUUUAUAAGGAAUGGCUCAAACUAAACUACUAAUCUUUUAUUCAAAUUUACAAACACUUCAAUAUAGUUCAGACAUCAAUUAAACAAGUGCGCAAAACAAAGCUUCCCUUAAGUAUCAAUUUGCAUUAAUUAACUAAUAACCAUUGCUAGCGUGAAACUUUUGUACUAAUUGUACUUGAUCACUGCCAGGUCUUAACACCACUUGCCUCAAGGCACUAUAGGCCUGACCUACUGCACUCCUCACUGUGAUCAAAAUCAACUGUACUGCAGCAUGUUGUAGAGGUUAACUUUUUACGCACGAUUGUCUGUAGAGAAAAUGAUGAUGAUGAUGAUGAUGAUGAUGAUAAUGAUAAAAGUUUGUGUAUUUGGAGUAAUCCAGGCAGUUCCCCAUAAACAGGAAAAAGGGUAUAAGAAACAUUCUGGCAAGUACUGAAGUUUGUUCUACAUUAUUUUUUGGGGACCCAUUGUCCUCUAGAGUUUUAGUUUUUUCUUGUGCUAACACACUUCAUUUAUCCAAUUAAGCAUACGAUAAUGAGCUGACAAGCCAGAACAAGUGUGUUAGCACAGUGGAAAAAAUAUUUUGUGGCUCUCCAAAACUGCAUGAUAGAACUUUUGGUCUUUCUACACAAAUACUAAUAUGCACAAGAAGAAGAAAGCUUUGCAACACGCUUCAGACGAAAAAUCCCAGCCAACACAAAUCCGAACAAGCAAUCGUUAACAAAUACAAAGGGUGCGAGUUAAAUUUACUUAUUGCUUUAGGUUAUCUAAUUGCCUUAACUCACCAGCAGCUUGCUGAAGCUAUCAGUGUGUGGGGUUGUGUGUUGUUUCUGCUAAGUAUCUGCUCUUCUGAUUGUUGUCACUACACUAGACAUUACAAAGCUACAAUGAAUACCGUAUAAAAUGAUGUCUGUAGGACCUGAAUGUAGAUUAUGCACUGUUGUCUUUAUCCUUUAUCUUAUUGCUGUAUCACCAAUGACCAAUAAAGACUUAGCAUUAUGAAGUCAGUA